AUGGAAGCUCCCCACGACACAAUGAACAAAAAGACUAUGAUGAAACGUCAAUGCAUGUAUUUUCCUGUAGAUGAUUACGUCACACUGUCACCGAUACCAUUGGCUUGUGAAGGAAACCGUUCCACGACUACAGUGUCUCCAGCUAAUAUUAGUGACAAUGUGUUUGAGAAACAGUUAUCACCAAUGACCAUCUCCAGCGGGUAUGACAGUGAUUAUUCGCCACCAUGGCCUUCAGAUAUGGAUAAAAUCUUUGCAAAAAUGGUUGAGACUGUGUGUUCAAAUCAAGAUGAUAGUCAUACGGACUAUUUUUCGCAAUCUGAAACCUACCCUAGGUCAGUUGACGUUCAAGAAAAGUGCUUUUUAAAUCCAGAAGGAAAUGCCCAAGGCCCUAAUAAGCUGAGUAAUCCAAAUAACGCGGGUUAUAUUGAUGGAUAUGACAUUUCAGAAAGGUCAAGGACCCGAUGUAUCAGUGAAGAAAAAACCGUGCUCGGUAAUGGACCAUAUCAUGUGACAAGUCAAACUAUAUCCGAUUUGAAUUAUAAGUCAUCUAGAAUAUGCUUUGACAAGUAUCUCUUAAAUCGUGGAUCUGUGUCUUGUCUGGAUCAAGGAUUAAAACAGCGGUCUUCUUUGGAAUCUGGAUCUACUGUGAGUUUGGAUAAUUUGAAAACUAAGAAAGAUGCCACACUUUUGGGGACAAAAUUGGUAAAUGGUGCUAGAAGAAGCAAACGCUAUCGUUUUGAUGCAAAUCGUGAUAGUUUGUGUAAACUUAACGUUGAGUCAGCUUCGAACUCUGAAUUAUCUAAAACUUUUGGUGAUUUUGAAAUGCAGACAACCUGUUCAAAUGUGACUUCGCCUCGAAUUACACCUAUUGACUUUUUUGGGUUAUUCAAGAAAUCGCCUACUCCAAACAAUUGUGUCGAAACUAUUUCUAACAAUACAAGUAAUCGAAUCAGUGAUCAAGUUGAUUUAAAUGAAGUUAAAACAAAUGCUGGUCAUACUAUAGUGAAUAAUAGUGUCGGCGAUUUGAGUAUAGAUAACAUACAGCCAUUGAAGCAGAACGGUGAUAAUCUAAGGUGUGUUAAAUCGCCAAGAGGCAGACUUGAUACGAGUGACUAUGAACAUAUCUAUGACGUUAUACCAGGCGAUGAACACGUUCUCAGUCAGUCAAAAUUCCCGUCCAUGGCAACACAACUGGUACGUAAUAAGUGGUCUACAUUAGAUGAUGUGCGACGACCCAGAAAUAUAUUGAACGCAAACCCACCAGCUCUUCCUGUCAGAAGUUAUCUUAAAGACAAGGGCAGUAACUGUACGGGAUCCAUCUCUAAUAUGCGGGUUGUGUGUUCGUCGGUGGACGAUUUAUACGCUCGUGUGAACAAACGCGAAGACAAAAUUGACCAAACGUACGCAACGUCUGUGAAAUACAAACCUCAAAUAUCUGAUAUUUCGAAUAAGGAAAAUGUGUUAUCUGGAUACAAUGACGACUAUGAUUAUCUAUCAUCUGAGACCUAUUGUAGAAUUGGAUCUUGUAUGGAAGAAAAGGUAACAAACUGGUCGUCAGGGGACGUUUUAAAUUUUAUUGACGGUAUUAAACAACCAGAACCAAAAUGUCGUGAAAAUAUAUAUGGCUUAUUAUCUAGUCGCCAAGUUCGUGCUAAACUCUCAGAAUCUCUGGAAAUAGAAAAUAAACUUGUGACUAUGGGACUGUUAAAGAACAGUUGGUCUUGUGAUAAUGUUGAAACUGAAGAGAAACCACCUAUACCCCCUCGUGCUCCUUUAAAUACAUUUCGACCAAUUUAUGUUUAA